ACCGCUUUUUAAACCACCGCGAUUGCCAUCUCCCCACAAAAACCCUAAACCCUCCUCGCCGAAAACCGGCUCCCUCCAAUGGCAAAACGCAACAAAAACUCUCCCGUGCCAGAAAAACCCUCCUCCUCCACCACCGCCCCCGCCACCACCGCCAUGGCAAGAACCACCGCCGCCGCCCCCCCCAGAAGGAACAGAAAGGUGUCGAGGAGAGCGGCGCCACCGGACUUCGAGGCGCUGAGAGAGCUGUUCAAGCACCACAUCGAGUCGUUCGAUCACAUGCUGGAGUACGGAAUCGAGACGAUGUUCACGACCAUCAAGCCCGUUGAAAUCAUCGAUCCCCUUACGAACAAAUCGCUUCGAAUCUCCUUUGGAGAUUCCAAACCUGAAAUAUACCCACCGCAGAAGGAACGCAAUCUUGGGAAAAUGCAGGAAGCUUUGUAUCCCUUUGAAUGCAGGCAAGCUAAAAUGUCCUAUGUGGGGAACUUCAUUACGGAUGUCUGCUUUCAAUAUGACAGCAAUGGCCCCAUUAUUAGGGAAAAGUUCAAUUUUGGUCAAUUUCCUAUAAUGUUAAUGUCCAAACGUUGUCACUUGAGAGGUGCCGAUCCACAAAAGCUAGUUUCUUGCAAAGAAGAGUCAUCAGAAAUGGGUGGGUACUUCAUUUUGAAUGGGCUUGAAAGAGUCAUUCGACUUAUAAUUCUGCCAAAGCGGAACUAUCCAACGAGUAUGGUUCGAAAUUCUUUCCGUGAUCGACGGGAAGGAUACAGUGAUAAAGCUGUUGUCAUAAGAUGUGUCAGAGAAGACCAAUCUGCAGUGUCAGUUAAGUUGUAUUAUCUGAACAAUGGAAGUGCAAGACUUGGAUUCUGGAUACAAGGGAGGGAAUAUUUGCUUCCGGUGGGCGUUGUUCUUAAGGCGCUUACUGACACUACUGAUCAUGAACUCUAUGUUAGUUUGACGUGUUGCUACAAUGAAAAAUAUAAGGGGGAAAAGGGGUGUGUAGGCACUCCACUCGUGGGUGAAAGGGUAAAAAUCAUUCUUGAUGAAGUGCGGGACUUAUCUCUUUUUACUCGCAGCCAGUGUCUGCAGCAUCUCGGAGAGCACUUCCAACCUGUGAUGGUUGGACUGGAAAACAAAAGUUUCUCUUUUGUUGCGGAUGCUGUUCUAAAAGAUUACAUAUUUGUCCACCUUGACAAUAACCAGGACAAAUUCAAUCUGCUCAUCUUUAUGUUGCAGAAGCUUUUCUCUCUUAUAGAUCACACUUCUGCACCAGACAACCCAGAUUCCUUGCAAAAUCAGGAAGUGUUACUGCCUGGUCAUUUAAUUACCAUAUACCUCAAGGAAAAACUACAAGAAUGGCUGCUGAAGGCGAGAGAACUUCUUCUAGAGGAAAUUAAUAGCGAGAACAAAAGUUUUGAUUUCGGCAGCUUAGAUCAGGUGAGGAAGGUCAUGAAUAAAAGUAAUCCUUCAAGACAGAUCAGCUCAGCUGUUGAGAACAUGUUGAAAACUGGAAGACUUGUUACGCAAUCAGGUUUAGAUUUACAGCAGAGAGCUGGCUUGACAGUUCAGGCAGAGAGGCUUAACUUUCUCCGCUUUAUAUCACAUUUUCGAGCUGUUCAUCGAGGGGCUUCAUUUGCAGGGCUUCGCACUACAAGUGUGAGGAAGUUGUUGCCAGAAUCUUGGGGUUUCCUUUGCCCGGUUCACACUCCUGAUGGGGAGCCAUGUGGGCUGCUGAAUCAUAUGGCUUGUAAUUGUCGUAUCACAUCAUACUACGACUCACAAGGCAAUGCUAGGGACUUCUUCAAAAUGCGAAUGUCUGUCCUCAGUGUUUUGGUUGGAGUUGGUAUGACUCCUUCAUUGCCAAAGCUCAUGCAAGCUGGUCCUCCUGAAGUGCUUUCUGUUGUCUUAGAUGGUCGUGUUGUUGGCUCCAUUCCGUCUGAUAUAGCUGACAAGGCUGUCUCUCACUUACGGAGACUGAAACUGUCAGCAACCUCAGGGAUUCCUGUUGAUUUGGAGGUGGGAUAUGUUCCUCUGAGCAUGGGUGGAGCGUAUCCUGGUUUGUUCAUAUUUACAUCUCCAUCUAGAUUCAUUCGCCCUGUUAGAAAUAUUUCUGUUCCUGCUGAGGAAACAAAUGACAUUGAGCUUAUUGGCCCCUUUGAACAGGUAUAUAUGGAAAUAAGGUGUGAAGAUGGUGGUGAUGGAGGAAGGGGGAAUAAUUUACCUGCCACUCAUGAAGAAAUCCAUCCAACUGGAAUACUCAGUGUAGUUGCUAAUCUCACACCUUGGUCUGACCAUAAUCAGAGUCCACGUAACAUGUACCAGUGUCAGAUGGCAAAACAAACAAUGGCUUUCUCAUCUCAAACUAUUAAUUGCCGAGCUGAUCAAAAAAUAUAUCAUCUUCAGACUCCUCAAACUCCUAUUGUACGCACGAAAACAUAUGAAAAGUACAGCAUCGAUGAAUUUCCACUGGGGACAAAUGCAAUCGUUGCAGUUCUGGCAUAUUCAGGUUAUGAUAUGGAGGAUGCCAUGGUUCUGAAUAAAUCAUCUGUGGAUCGGGGGAUGUUUCAUGGGCAGAUUUAUCAGACGGAAACUAUUGACUUGGCAGAACAAGGUAGCAAAUCAUCUCGUUCGCACAGAAUGUUUAGAAGAAGCAAUCUUGAUAAAUCAGUCUCUUCUUUGAUUGAUUCAGAUGGACUUCCAUACGUUGGGCAGACAUUAAAUCCGGGUGAUCCAUAUUGUAGUGUCUAUGAUGAGAUAACCAAUGCAACAAAACUUACCAAAUUAAAGGGUUCGGAACCUGUUAUUGUUGAUUAUGUUGCUGUUGAUGUGAAAAAAAGGAAACAGCUGCAGAAGGUCAACAUACGUUUCCGACGUUCCAGAAACCCGAUAAUUGGUGAUAAAUUUAGCAGUAGGCAUGGACAAAAAGGUGUUUGCUCACAAUUGUGGUCAGAUACUGAUAUGCCAUUUUCAGGACAUACAGGAAUGCGGCCAGACCUUAUUAUCAAUCCUCAUGCAUUUCCUUCAAGAAUGACAAUAGCAAUGCUUUUGGAAUCUAUUGCUGCUAAGGGAGGUUCCUUAGAUGGGCAAUUUGUGAAUGCAACACCAUUUUAUAGCACAUCAAAAAAGGCGACCAAAGAGUCAGAAUCUGAAGUGCUGAAUGCAACGUAUUCUAGCUUGGUAAAGAAGGCUGGCGAAGAGUCAGAAUCUAAACCCGAUUCGCUUGUUGAUGAACUCGGGUCCAUGUUAGCUUCUUAUGGUUUCAAUUACCAUGGUUUGGAGGUACUGUACAGUGGGGUUUACGGGACAGAAUUAACUUGCGAGAUUUUUAUUGGACCUGUUUAUUAUCAGAGACUUCGACAUAUGGUUUCAGAUAAAUAUCAGGUUCGGUCCACUGGAACAAUUGACCAGGUUACUAGGCAACCCAUUAAAGGAAGGAAGCGUGGAGGGGGUAUUCGUUUUGGAGAAAUGGAAAGAGAUUCCCUCCUUGCUCAUGGUGCUGCUUAUUUAUUGCACGACAGACUCCACACUUGUUCUGAUCACCACAUCGCCGAUGUCUGUUCCCUGUGUGGAAGCAUCCUCACGACAUCAAUCAUCCAACCGCAAAAGCGAGCUGUGAGGGAGAUCGGUGGGCUCCCACCUGGUAGGGCCCCCAAAAAGGUUAUUUGUACAGCCUGCCAGUCAAGUAAGGGAAUGGAGACGGUUGCAAUGCCAUAUGUGUUUAGAUACUUGGCUGCAGAAUUAGCUGCUAUGAACAUCAAAAUGACACUUCAGUUGAGUAAUGGAGCAGGAGCCUGAUACACCUGUCUUGGCUGCAGAAUUAGCUGCUAUGAAUUAGUUUGUUUCCCUCUGUUGUACAAUUUGAUCAUGAAUGUGGUUUGUUUUGUUUACAAUUAACCAAAUGUCAAAACCUUUUAUUGGUUUAUCUAUCGAUUUUUGUUCAAGGUGAUAAA